UCGUACCAAGUAUGCUUCAGCUGAGGAAUAUCAAAUCAUUAAUUUUCAUAGACACGAAGAAAAUUCGACGAAAUUAGAUAUAAGGGUCAGUUCAUAAGAAAUGGGAAACAUAGAAUCAAGCUCUAAAGUUAAUGUGGGUCAACUUCAAGGUUUGAGCUCUCGAGAGCUUAAUAUAAGUCGAUCAUUGGGAUACGAGGAAUAUCAACAGCAUUUAAAGGAAGACAGUUACGAUGCACUGGUUGAAUUUCCAUUUGAGUUGUUGAGCAGUGUGUCAUUUUAUGAGAGGCUUGAUGCAUCAUUCAACUGUUUUACCUACCUACCAUCUGAAUUUGCCAUCUACUUGCCUCAUCUGUCAUUUGUUGAUUUAAGCCACAACCGCCUCUGUUAUUUACCAGAUUCCUUUGGUUACUUAUUCCACUUGAAGACAUUACUGUUAAAUAACAACAGGUUACAAGAACUUCCAGAAGCAUUUUGUUAUCUCGCAAGACUUCAGAAAGUUGAUUUGUCACACAACCAAUUGAAAUGCUUACCGCACAAUCUUGGAAGUAUGGAGUCACUUCAAAGUUUAAAUGUCAGUUACAAUGAACUUGAUGCAUUACCAUUAACUUUAGGAAAAUCCCAAUCUCUCAAGCUGAUCUUGGCAAUCUUCAACAAGUGUAAAUGUCCACCGCAGAAAAUUUGUAACCAAGGCUCUGAGUCAGUCUUGGCUUAUUUACGUAAUCAAAAUCCAAAAGAACCAGAAGAAAAGCUGUUAAGUAAAAGCAAUGAAUUUCCACGUGUCAGGGGUGAUGUUUUGGUCCUUGCGCCGUCAAACCCUCACACGGCAAGAACACAGUAUGUUCAAACACAAACGAAUACAAUUGCUACAAGCCGUAUUAAGACACCUCUAAGACCACCAGUAAAUGCGCAUUACCUUCCACCUGAUGAACUUGUGGAUAAGAUUGUUGGUUGUUUGUAUGGUGCAGCAGUUGGUGAUGCUGUGGGAUUAUGCACAGAAUUUAUGAUGCCUGAUGAGUGCAAGUUUCAUUAUGAUAAGGAUUCGCUAUUCUGGGAGCAUAUGGUCAAAGACAGGCACAGAAGUAAAUGGCAGAAAGGGGACUGGACUGACUCAUUUGACCAAACUGUUUUGAUCCUUGAGAACAUACUUCAUUGGGCUGGUGUUGUAGAUGAACUAGAGUUUGCUAAGAGCCUUCUUACAUGGUGCAAACACGGCUUUCCUGAACUUGGAGAUACCGUUGGGAGAGGGGUCAGGGGAGUCAUUGCUAAGGUUGUUUGUGAACCACAGUUUUUAAGUGAUCCCCAUGCUGCUGCAAGAUCAGUGGCAAACAAAUUUGAAUCACCCUCUAAUGGAGCAGUAAUGAGAGUGGCAGCCCUUGGUAUUGCUCACUUUCACAACUUAAAUGAGGUAGCAACAAAUGCAAUCAGAAUUUGUAAGGCUACUCAUUGCGAUCCCAGGUGUAUUGCAAGCUGUGUUGCUGUGUGCAUUGUCAUUGCAUUGAUGUUGCAGGGGCAACAUGAAGUUACAAGCAAGUCUUCCCUUGAAGAAUUACUAGAGAAAGCGGAAGAGCAAGGAAAGGUUUACUUGGUCGAACCCUUUCAUCAAAAAGACUUUCAUCAUUAUUUUAAUUGCCAGACCUGGGAAGACGUUGAGUUUUGUGAGCCUCGAAUGACAGAUUACACUUUAAAGCCUUUAGGAGCUGGUUUGGUAGCACUCAGAUCUAUGAAAGAUUACAAGACAACAAUAACAGAGCUUGUAAUGCAGGGAGGACAUGCUACGUGUAACGCAGUUGUGGCUGGGGCCUUGUUAGGCUGUAAACUUGGAUAUUC